CGUGACCCUGAAAGGAAGACUUUGCUGAACUGAUUACUGAUGGUCAGUGACCUCCACCUUUGGCCAAUCCCAGCAGUCUGCCUGUUGCGGCAGUAUAAAGACCCAAUUAUAAGAAGAAUUACAUUGUCAAAAAUGUGCAGGCUGGAGUUAGGAGUUGUGCUGCUCUUGAGUUGUGCAGUCAUAUCUGUUGCUGGGAUGAGACGAGAGUAUUUCCUCAAGAUAGAGGAGAUAUCUUGGAACUAUGCACCGACUGGAAAGAACGUCAUUCACAAUCGUUCACUGCAGGAGGAUGAAGAAGCUUCAGUCUUUUUAAAAAAAGGCCCCCAGCGGAUUGGCCCCAUCUACAAGAAGGCGGUGUAUAAACAGUUCAGCGACGCCACCUACAGGACAGAGGUGACAAAACCAGAUUGGCUGGGCUACCUGGGACCCUUGGUGAUGGCAGAGGAGGGAGACACUGUGAUCAUCCACCUGAAGAACACAGCAACCAGGCCUUACAGCAUCCACGCGCAUGGACUCAAUUACACCAAAGGCAAUGAAGGAGCUAUGUACCCAGAUGGCACAGAUCACACGCUAAGGCACGACGACGCCGUGGCUCCCGGUACAACUGUGAUAUAUGAGUGGACCCUCCCAGCAUCCCACAGCCCCACAUCGCAGGACAGUAACUGCCUGACCAGGUUCUACCACUCCCAUGUUCAUACCCCGGAAGAUAUCAGCUCAGGACUGCUUGGACCGCUUAUCAUUUGUAAGAGAGGAACUCUGGACAUACACGGCGACAGGUCAGCAGACUACACGUACGCUCUGCUGUUCAUGGUGUCAGAUGAGAACCACAGCUGGUACCUGGACGAGAACAUACGGACACACAUCACAAAUCCCGCCCCCGCCAGAAACCUGAAGGAAGACGAAGAUUUCAUUGAGAGCAAUAAGAUGCAUUCAAUCAAUGGUUUUCUUUAUGGUAACCUACCUGGACUGAGCAUGUGUCAAGGCAACAAAAUCCACUGGCAUAUGAUAGGCUUAGGCAACGAGGUGGACAUGCAUUCAGUUCAUUUCCAUGGCCAGAUCCUGACCAAUCUGAACCACCACACGGACAUAAUCAGCCUGUUCCCGGCCUCCAGCACCACAGCUGAAAUGGUGGCUGACAACCCUGGACACUGGCUGCUGACGUGCACCGUCAACGAUCAUCUGAUGGCUGGAAUGCAGGCUUUGUUUGAGAUCAAGAAGUGUUUCCCCAAUGUUCACAAGCCUCGUCCUCAUGGUGAGCUCAGACAGUUCUUUAUUGCUGCUGAGGAGGAGGUGUGGGACUAUGCUCCCACAGUGCCCAGUGACAGCGAGGCAGAAACGUUUAUAACCAGAGGUACAAAGCGCAUUGGAAGUCGCUAUAAGAAGGCUCGAUACGUCGAAUACACCGACAACACCUUCACAACAAAAAUGCUGCGCAGCGCAGAGGAGCAGCACCUUGGAAUCCUGGGUCCUGUACUUCGAGCUGAAGAGAAAGAUACAAUCAGCGUGGUGUUUAAGAACAAAGCCAGCCGUCCCUACACGAUACAGCCACACGGAGUACAGUACAGCAUAGAACAGGAUGGAACCCUUUACUACAAUGAACUGGAAGAAACACACACAGCAAAGAAACUACGAGAGCUGAAGAAACAGACAAGAGUGGUGACUCCUCCCCCAGCUGCUCUGGUCAGACCUGGGACGGUGCACACAUAUGAGUGGUCGGUACCUGUGGGUGCUGGUCCAGUAGAAGGGGAACCUGACUGUCUGAGCUAUUUGUACUACUCUGCAGUCGAUGCUAUCAAAGACACGAGCUCCGGGCUGGUCGGGCCUCUCCUCAUCUGUCGGCCUGGAUCUCUGAAAAAAGGAGUGCAGAAAAACUAUAACAAAGAGUUUCACCUCCUGGCCACAGUGUUUGACGAGAACCUCAGCUGGUAUCUGGAUGACAACAUCAGAACUUUCACAACUGCUCCCAACACUGUCAACAAGGAGGAUGAAGACUUCAUAGAGAGCAACAAAAUGCACGCCAUCAACGGGUUUGUGUUCAGGAACCUUCCGGGUCUGACCAUGUGUAAGGGGGACAAAGUCACGUGGCACCUCUCAGGGUUGGGCUCAGAAGCAGACGUUGUCGGCCUCUACUUCCAAGGAAACCGGUUCCUCUAUCGCCAGAACAGACGAGACACCAUCAACGUUUUCCCUCACAUCUCAUACACUGUCUCUAUGGAGCCGGACAGCAUGGGUCAGUUCGAAGUGGUUUCGGCCACGGUGGAUCAUUACCGAGGAGGCAUGCGAGCCAACUACACGGUAGAAAAGUGUGGCUUGUUCCAGCGUCAAAGUGAGGUGAUGCUCCAUUCUAAAACCUACUACAUCGCCGCCGUGGAGGUCGACUGGGACUUCUCUCCGAACCGCACCUGGGAGGCAGAGAUGUUUAAGAACAAGGGAGAGAAUCCUGCCCUCAUCUUUUUGGACAAGCGAGAUGGUUUUAUCGGCUCUCAGUACAAGAAGGUUGUCUACAAACAGUUUACCAAUGACAAGUUCACCAAGGAGGUGGAAAGAACACCUGACAUGGAACAUCUCGGCAUUAUGGGUCCAAUGAUUCAUGCUCAGGUGGGGGACAAAGUCAAAGUGGUUUUUAAGAACACUGCAUCCAGACCUUAUUCCAUUCAUGCCCAUGGAGUGAAGACAGACACUCCUGAUGUCUACCAAACCAAACCAGGUGAAACUCACACAUACACCUGGUACGUCAACAAGAACACGGGACCGACCCCGGAGCAGGAGGAGUGCUCCGUUUCAGCUUACUACUCCACCGUCGACGUCAUAAAGGAUCUGUACAGCGGUCUGAUUGGUCCGUUGGUGAUUUGUCGUCGUAGCUGGGCCAGGAGCUUUGGAUUAAAGAAGGAAGUGGAAGAAUUUGCACUGCUUAUGUUGAUUUUUGAUGAGAAUGAAAGCUGGUAUCUGGAUGAAAACAUCAGGAGACACGUCAGGAAUCCUCGACCACACCUAAAGGAAGACGAAAACUUUAUUGAAAGCAACAAAAUGCACGCCAUCAAUGGUUACGUAUACGCCAAUCUGAUGGGUCUGAACAUGGAGGUGGGCGAUAAGGUGUACUGGUACCUGAUGGGAAUGGGCAAUGAAGUGGACAUACACACCGUGCACUGGCAUGGCCACAGUGUGGAAUAUAAGCUGGGUGGAGGUCCUCAUCGUGUUGACUCAUAUGAGCUGCUCCCAGCCACCUUCCAGACGGUGAAAAUGCGUCCUGAGUAUCCCGGGACCUGGCUGGUCCACUGUCACAUCUCUGACCACAUUUCAUCUGGAAUGGAGGCGAUGUACACCAUCACUGAAAAAGCAAAGAAGAGCGGAUUCUUUGGAUGAACGGACAAAGAAAAGAAAUUCAGAAAAUAAAAAAACAAGUCAAACAGAUUUAUCAACACAAUUUACUGAAUGUAAUAAAAAAAACUUGUGUCUGAAACUGGAACAGAAAGAUAAGAACCAUAUUUUAAAUGAAAAAAAUUACAUUUUUAACAAUCUGCUUUCAAAUCAUUAACUGCUAACAUGCUGUUCAAAAUAAACAAUAAAAACCUUAUUAUUUGGUGUAAUUUUUAAUUAAUUUUUGUAAGAUAUAAAAGCAACGGGCAGUGAAGGCAAUAGAAGAAAAAUCACGCUUGUAAAAAUUAAUAAAAUGAUAAUUUAAAUGAUUUUCAGGGUACAGAAUGCUGAAGGAUUAAAUUAAAGUUUCAAAAGUG